AUGGCAGCGGCAAAACAAGGAUCGAGAGAUGAAUUUGUCGCUAGUUCCGCACUUCAUAGUCGCUACACGACAAACAACGGUUUGAAUGAAUCACUUUUGGAGAGCCAGGUCUCUCAUUACGAGAACAUUGAGAAGCAUCUAACAAGGCUUCCACAGUUUAAAGACUCUGCCGAAUUUUUGGACUGUUUGGCACAUUUUAGUGGAAGCAACGUGGAAUUGGGGGACAUCAGCAGGUUUGAGAGCCAAUUUGGUGAGGAGGAGGAUAUUUACAAAUACGAAGUGAUCAUAGAGAACCAAAGAGGUGCAACGCUACUUGGGAUACCAAUGUACAGUCGAGAGUCGCUCUUGUAUCCUCUGGACCCUCCCAAGUUCCAGACUUUGAGAGGACAUGCAAUAACAAGCCUCAACCUGUACCCUUUGCCUAGUAGAAGCUGGCGCUGGAGCUGGAACAACUGGUAUAUUUUGAUGAUCCAAGAUGUGGACCAGGAGGGUUGGGUUUAUUCCAAGGUUCGUUUUGGAAGUAGCAAAUGGAAAGGGAUAGGAAGGUUUGGCAAUUUUGUUCGGAGAAGGGUUUGGGUGCGGAAAAGAGAGCUGGUCCCAGGAGCCGAUGCAAGCUUGCUCCAUUUGCCAACAACUCUGGUUCUGGAUCAAGAGCACGCAGAUGUCAAUGGCCCCGAACUUGAGCAUGAAUUAGAACACGCGAGCCCAGCAGAUUCGACUACUGGUAACUUGCGCUCGAACAUUUCAAUAGUGGUAACUUCUGACUACGACAGCCAGCUAGAGGACAUGUUGCUCAGGCUAGACUCUUCCAAAAUAGACCGUCUGAAAGUUGAUCAGAUCAUAAACUUUUUGUUCAGCGCUGAUGCACAGCUGUUGCAGUAUUUGAUUGAAGAUCAGGCAAAGUCAGACUCAGCCCAUUGGUUACAAAGUCUGGCGGGCAAAUUGGAGUUCAAUGAGUCAAAGCGCGCUUUCCUAGCCAAAUAUAACGCCAAACUGGAAACCGAGAACAGUGAGGAAUUGACCCUAAUAUACAGACUCUAUCAGAACUUGCUGGCAGAUAGCUUUUAUGGGUCUCAAAGGCGUCAGAUGUUAUCAACCUAG